GGACAUUACAUAUAUAUAUGUGAGAUUUGGCGGUUGUUUAUGGCGGGAAUAACUGCCAUGAACGGUUUGAAUAUUCAACCCGCUUAUCUCCAUGUUUAUAAGUAAUAAUACAUAUCGAUAUUAUAAGUUGCAUAAUAAACACUAGUAUAAUUAAGUUUAUAUCUCUAACAAUAUCACCAGUUAUGAAUGUUCUUCUUUCACUAUACAUAUUCAAUCCAAGUUUAUGGUGAUUAUGUCAUUUAUUCAACUAAACAAAUAACUAGUUCUAGUUUAACCAUAUUUUUCUAUAUUUAGAUUCAAAAAACUCCAUUGAAGAACAUGCAAAUUUAAAAGAAAUAAUAGUGGGUAAAGAUAAAGUUCCAACGGAAACGGAAGCAAUUAAUCAAGAUAUGCAAAACAAGUUCCAACAGGAGGAAAAUUUAGGUGGCAGUUCAAACAAGAAAACGAAGAAUAGAGAUAUCCAUUCAAGUUUAUGUAAAUUUACAGUAAAGGGGGAUUGGUCAAAAGCAGAAUCCAUACUAAAAAAAGAUAAAAACCUAGUGACAAAAGCAAUCAGCAGUGAUUUUAGCACGAUGCUUCACAUUGCCGUUGGAAUAGGUCAUAAUGAAUUCGUGAAGAAACUACUGACGUAUAUAAACGAUGAACAAGUACUUCAAAAGAGAGACUCUGAUGGAAGCACAGCACUUCACAUUGCUGCUAUUGUUGGCAACAAACAUGCAGCUGAGCUCCUAGUUAAAAAGAACAAGAAGUUGUUACGAAUUACAGACCAGAAUGGUGACGAACCGUUGCACAAAGCUUACGAGAAUAUGCAUCUUGAUACCAUUGGAUAUUUGUUGAAAGCGGUCAAGGACAGUGGAAAACCCACGCAAUCUUCUUCAGACGUCUCUGUUGGUCACCCUAAUGAUGAAAUUGGGGUCCGCCUUCUUGUUAAUGCAAUUUCGGCAAAACAAUACAGUUUAGCAGUAGAGAUGGUGCAAACUUUACCUAACUUUGCUUCAAAAAGUGAUGACGUACUCAUGGCCAUAUCUAAAACCUUUCCUAGUGGGCUAGACUACUGGGAAACACUUAUAUAUCCUUCUCUAGAAAAUAUUGUGGAACGAAUAGGCUUGGCUGCUAAGUGUACUGCAUUUUUAAUGGGGUUCCCUGCAUACUUUGCAUAUUCAUUGUUCCAAGAAGAAGAUAUGGACACUACCCAGAAGGGAAUUAUGUUUGUGUUAUCAUUACUCAUAGGACCAAUUCCCAUGCUUAUGUCGGCCUUUGCAUUUAUAUGCCUCCUCAUAUUGAUCGUUUGUUUCGUACUCCUUUUCCUUUAUUUCAUCUGUUGGAAAUGCACAAAAAUACUACUUCCACCCAUCAAGCAUAUGGAGAACAAAAAAAAGGAAUGGGAUGAAGCAAUAGAACUUCUAGAAUUGAUAUGUGAUGAAAUAGACAACUUGGACUACUCUGGUACUCAUCACCCCUAUUAUACCGGACCAAUUCUUGAAGCUGCAUGUCAAAAUGCUUAUAAAGUUGUUGAUGAGAUUUUAUUUCGAUCACCUGAAGCAAUUCAAAGUAAAGAUAAAAAUGGGUAUGAUAUUAUUCAGUUAGCAAUAAUAAAUCGUUCCGAAAAAAUCUACAACCUUAUCUAUGACAUUGGUGAGCGUAAAAAUAUUUAUAGAACCUAUAAAGAUUCUUCUCAAAACAAUAUCUUGCACUUGGCCGGGAAAUUGGCGCCUUCAGGUGUUCUUAAUCAGAGAACUGGUGCAGCUUUACAAUUACAACGAGAGCUUCAAUGGCGUGAGGAGGUGAAGAAACUUGUGUUUCCUACAUAUAUUACUCGAGAGAACAUUUUUAAGGAGACACCAGAUAUGGUUUUCACAAAGGAACAUGAGAACUUGGUGAAGGAAGGAGAACGGUGGAUGAAAACCACUGCAGAGUCAUGUAGUAUCACUGCUGCACUAAUAACCACAAUUGUAUUUGCAGCUGCAAUUACCGUACCAGGUGGAAGCCAUCAAGAAAAGGGGACUCCAUUAUUUAGAAGGAAAAGUGCGUUCAUUGUCUUCACUAUAUCAGAUGCAAUCUCACUAUUCGCAUCCAGUACGGCAUUACUAGUGUUCAUGUCUAUUCUAACAGCACGUUUUGCGGAGAAAGACUUUCUAGUAAGUUUGCCAAGGAGAUUGUUUAUUGGACUUUUCUCCUUAUUACUUUCUGCAACAGCCAUGAUGGUUGCCUUUAGCGCAACCUUGUUCCUUGUCUUUUGUGAUGAAAAACUAUGGAUGCUUGCUCCGAUAUGUGGAUUAGCUUUAAUUCCGAUUGCUUUUUUUGUUGGUCUACAAUUCCCCCUCAUGGUGGAUCUUUUUAGGUCGACGCAUUUACGCAUCUUUGGCAAAGAAAGGAUUGGUUUUCUUAGAAGAUUCAAUCCAGAUUACAUACGGUUGCGUUUUGGUAAGUGAAAUUACUACACAUUUUCAAAUAAGGUAUUCCAUUGUACUGAAGUUUAAAAGUGUGAUAAAAUAAAGAUUCUAUAAAUUAUUGUA